GUUGAACUCAACUCUGUGAUAUAUACUUUCACACGAUCCCUAGAAGUCUGAAAUCGUGAUGAAUGAUUUCAAACCAAAAUUUGUGAAACCUGCGGAUACUUCUAGCUUCCUCGAGAAAAAUGAACCAUUUACUAUAGACACCUCGAACUUCAUUUAUAAUAGACACAUCUCUCAAUCCAUUCAAACUCAGAGACAACGGUUACCCAUAUUCAACAACAGAAAUCAUAUUCUUUAUUUACUAGAAAAAUAUCAAACUCUUGUUCUUGUUGGAGAAACUGGCUGUGGGAAAAGCACUCAAAUUCCGCAGGUCAGUGGCCUCAACUCCUCGAGUGUAUUUUAGCUGUUUAUCAUCAGUACCCCCAUUCUUUGUUUUUUAAAAGAUAAGGCAGUUAUUUAUAUUUCAUUUCAAUAUUCCAAAACUGAACAAUUUUAAUGUGUAUUGUGGCCUAACCUUUUUACAAAAUCUAUCUUGGGUAGUUUGAAAAUGAUUGGUCCUUCAUCUCAAAUAAGCAAACUUUUAUUAACCUUGCUUGUCUUAUUAAUCUAUUUUUUUCUGUACAUGGAUUUCAAUUUAUACAUGAGAAUUCAAAAUUAUCCUUUCGAAAGUGAUGAUAAUAGUAGCGUUAAUUACAAAGAUGUUACCUGGGUCAGUUGCACUAUAAACCCCCUCUGUGAAGUUACAGUAAAAGCUGUUCUUCUGGAUCAUACCAACUUCUAUUUGUUUGCUCCCUUGGUCCAAAUCAUGGAUGAUAUUCUAAAAAUAAGUGAUACACGAUGGAUAACUCCUAACUCUAUAAGUUUCUUUCAUAUAUUUGUUGCUUUUCUCAGUGCUAAGUGUAUUUCCAGCAAUAGUCUGGCUUACAGAAGAGUAGGAGUUAUUCUCUUUGAAUUUCGAACAUGGUUGGAUGAUUUAGAUGGUCAUGUUGCUCGAGUAAGGAAACACAUUAAGGGAGAACGUUCUGAAAUAGGCACCUCAGGUUAUUACAUUGAUGGUAUAUGUGAUGCCAUUGGAUGUACCGCUUUGAUAAUUGGCAUAUUCAUUUUUUUGAAAAAUAACCCUCCUAGAAGAGGGUAUAUACAGCUACCUACCACGGUAGAUAGUAAGGAACCCAAUAUUGUGUACAGUUUUAAAGUGACCAUAAAGAAAGUUGUGAGAAAAGUUUGUUGUUUUUCUCUCCAACUCAUUAUAAGUUCCACAGCGUGGAAUCGAUACAUAGCCAUAUACCAAGAUUUGUUAGAACGUAGUGAUUUGUCACUGAAAGAAACAGUGCGACAACAUGAUGUUUUCAAAACUUCCUUUUUUUUCCUGGUAGCGUGGCUAUGGCGAGUAGUGAAUGUGCACAGCCUAACACAUUUAUUGUUGCUUUCUAUAUUUUGUGAUAAAUUAUGGGAGUUUUUGAAAAAUAUACAGUAUUUAGGUUAUGGCAUAUUGUUAACCGUGAUAUGUCUUACAGAAAUUAAUGUUAUUGAUGUAAAGCAUUUUAUAUUCCACAAAUUGAAUGGAACUAGUACUAUAUAGGUCUAUGUUUUUGUGAGCUGUUAUUGUUUCAUUGUGUGAUAUUUUUCAGUAGGCGCCUUUGGUUUUUGCCUAAAAAUCAUUACUUGCCAAAUAACCUUGUUGAACUAAGUUAUAUAAGGGACUGAUAUAAAAAUUUUCUAUAGAAAUCAGCCAUCUAUUGAUAUCAGAAAAAGCAAGUUGAUACAUUUUUUAUUUUUCUACUUAUGAUGUUUAUACAAUUGGGUUCAUAAAAAGCUGGGGGUUUUCUAAAAUUACGCUUAUUUUUAUUUUUUAUUGUGUUCAUUGUUGACAAUAGAUACUUAAAAAAUUAUGUAUAUUGUUUUACUAGCAGUUAUUCAGAUCUUCAGUGAUAUACUAUAAUAAAAAUGAUAUUUUAAAACUGGAACAUACCCUAGUUACUGAUAAGAUGAAAUUUUCGUCAAAUAGUAACCAAACAUCUUGUUUAUGAGUUCGCAAACAAUUCAAUGGAGUCAUGAACAUCGUUACUCAAUAUAACAGUAAAACAUUUUUUUUUUCUAUAUUUUUUAUGAAUCUAUAUUUUAUAUUAUGUGAGUUAUACUGAGUUCAUUUUCAAACCACUACAUUUUCUAACCACUCAACAUAGGUCUUCAUUUUGGAAUAUUAUUCAUUGUAGGAAUUAUAAGGAUUAUAAUUUAUAUAUUAAUUAUGAUGAUUUCAGCAAAAAUAAAUUACAGUUAUUGUGCCUAAUAAACUAUUCCUACAGAAACAUCAAUACAAUGCAAUACAUUUCAAUCUGCAAUUCAAUUUAUUGCUUCAAAUAUAAAAGAAGUAACAACGAGAGUAUUUGAAUUUGUGUAACUAUUUCAAAAUUACUUUUGUUAGUUUUGUUAUAUUUUCCUUAAGUGUACUUCAUGAUAAAUGUUUUGUAACACAGGUGAUAGGCGAGAGAUUAAGAAAAAAUAAUUAUCUUUCCAAGAUUUGGUUAUACAGACUGAUAUGAACAAUAUCGUGUAUUGAUGAUUGAACUAGCAGUGAUAGAAUAGAGAUAAUUGCUGAAUCACA